GAAUUACAUAUGGAUCUCUCUGAUAUUGUAGAAGGCAUAUUGAGUGCCCAUGACACCACAAAGAUGGGUCAUCUUACUCUGGAAGACUAUCAGAUCUGGAGUGUGAAAAAUGUUCUUGCCAAUGAGUUUUUGAACCUCCUUUUCCAGGUGUGUCACAUAGUUCUGGGGUUAAGACCAGCUAUUCCAGAAGAAGAAGGACAAAUUAUUAGAUUUCUGAAGGAAUGAAAUGAGCUGUGGGAAGAAACUUUAACUGGAGCAUCUUACCGCAAUCUGAAGAGGAUGUAAGUCAGUUUGAUUCCAAGUUUACACGUCAGACACCUGUCGACAGCCCAGAUGACGCAACUCUCAGUGAAAGUGCCAAUCAGGUCUUUUUGUUUUUGAGACAGCAUAUUGCUCUAGCGCCCAGGCUGGAGUGCAGUCAUGUCAUCUCAGCUGUUUGUAACUUCCGCCUCCUGGGCUCAAGCGAUCCUCUUGCCUCAGCCUCCCAAAUAGCUGGGACUACAAGCAUGUGCCACCUCACCCAGCUAAUUUUGAUUUGGAACCCACAUAUUCAAAAUGUCGACUGUAUCUAAAAAUGAAACUAUUUAAAAGAAACCUGGAGAAACCUCAACUGGAACGUCAAGUAAGCAGAUUCCAGCUCUCUGGGCCCAGGGUGAGAAAAGGAAGUUGUAUGAAAAGAGGAGAAAGGAAAAAAACAGUCUCGUAUUGUGCAACAGGUGAAGUCCCACAUUGCCCCACUUCGAGGAUUCCAUUCUGCCAUUUGUAAUUCCUGACAGAGCUGAACGAAGCCCCAUCCCUGCCCUCGAAGAGUUCCAUGUCUAGUGAUGGCACUGACAGUGACAGAAAUAACUAUCCCAUGAGGAGGAAUAAGAUUAGGAAAGCAAAACCUAGAGAAGUGAAAAGACCUGAUCAAGGUCACACAGGAUGCAUGUCAAGACCCAAGGCCUACAAUUCCCAGUUCAGAGAUGACCAGAGUCCCUCUACAGGACAGUGAGCGGUUGGAGCAGCUCAUCAGUGACUGCCACACUCUGACUACGGAGCUGGCCAGCCCCACUCUUCUUACCAUGGAAAUGGACCUUGGUCACCGCCACAGCCUGCUCUUAGUUGUGAAAGAUUCCAUUUCCCCAUCCGCCAGGGCUGCCUAUAAAGAGAAGGAGAGAUGGCUUCAGACAUCAGAAGGACGCAGGCAGCAAAGAGUAGCCAGUCCCUUCUUGGCUCUGCUGACACUCGAGCCCACAUUCCAUCACCUGCUCACAAUCAUGCAGGUCUCCACUGCUGCCCUUGCCGUCCUCCUCUGCACCAUGGCUCUCUGCAACCAGGUCCUCUCUGCACCACUUGCUGCCGACACGCCGACCGCCUGCUGCUUCAGCUACAUCUCCCGACAGAUUCCACAGAAUUUCAUAGCUGACUACUUUGAGACGAGCAACCAGUGCUCCAAGCCCAGUGUCAUCUUCCUAACCAAGCGAAGUCGGCAGGUCUGUGCUGACCCCAGUGAGGAGUGGGUCCAGAAAUACGUCAGUGACCUGGAGCUGAGUGCCUGAGGGGUCAAGAAGCUUCGAGGCCCAGCGACCUCGGUGGGCCCAGUGGGGAGGAGCAGGAGCCUGAGCCUUGGGAACAUCCCUGUGACCUCCACAGCUACCUCUUCUAUGGACUGGUUGUUGCCAAACAGCCACACCGUGGGACUCUUCUUAACUUAAAUUUUAAUUUAUUUAUACUAUUUAGUUUUUAUAAUUUAUUUUUGAUUUCACAGUGUGUUUGUGAUUGUUUGCUCUGAGAGUUCCCCCGUCCCCUCCGCCUUCCCUCACACUGCGUCUGGUGACAACCAAGUGGCUGUCAUCGGCCUGUGUAGGCAGUCAUGGCACCAAAGCCACCAGACUGACAAAUGUGUAUCGGAUGCUUUUGUUCAGGGCUGUGAUCGGCCUGGGGAAAUAAUAAAGAUGCUCUUUUAAA